AUGGAUUUUGACGAGCGAUUUCCUGAUAUCCUACCCAAGGACUCUAUUCUCACCACUCUCAUCAUUCGGAAUGGGCAUCAGGUUAUGUUGCAUGGAGGAACACAAUUUACACUAUCCUAUCUACGGAGACAGUAUUGGAUAAUCACUGGACGUUGGGUCGUGAAGAAGGUUUUGAGUCGUUGCGUUGUUUGCGCUAGACAUCGUGCAACCACUUGCACUAAACUCAUGGGUGAACUGCCUACUCAUAGAGUUACUCGACCCUCUAGAUUAUUUGCUAUAAGUGGUCUGGAUUAUGCUGGCCCUAUUUGGAUGCGAACAACUGAAGGUCGCGGGCACAAGGCAUAUAAAGGCUAUAUUGUAGUUUUCGUUUGUUUUGUUACGAAAGCGGUCCAUUUGGAGGCGUGUUCGGACUACACAGCUGAGGGCUUUAUAGCGGCUCAAGAACGUUUUGCUGCUCGACGUGGGAUAAGUACUUUUCUUUACAGUGAUUGCGGUACCAAUUUUGCGGGGCAGAUAGACAGCUACGAACACUUUUCAAUAAAGCCUCUCAUCGACCAUCAGCCGCUAUCUUGCUGA